AUGACCGGAAUUUAUGGCUUGGGCCGGAUCGGUAAGACAACUCUCGCCAAAUUCAUCUACAAUGAACUCCCCAGAACAUUCAAGAGUUGCAGGUUCCUUCUAGAUGUUCUAGAAAUAGCUCACCGCCACGGCUUACAAUAUCUACACAAUCAACUAAUCUCCGAUAUACUUCAAAGCAAAUAUCAGGUGUCAAAAGUUGAUGAUGGAAUCAACAUAAUCAAAUCUAAAUUCAAAGGCAAAAAGGUCCUUAUUCUUCUCGAUGAUGUGGAUCAUAAAAAUCAAUUGGAUGUUUUGACUAGAGAACACGGCUGUUUUAUUAUGCCAGGAAGUAUGAUUAUCGUUACAACUAGAUAUGAAGUUAUUCUCGAUAAGACUGUAUUUGGGGUAGACUACAAGUAUGAACUCAAGGAAUUGGAUGAGGUGCAAUCCUUGCAUUUGUUCAGUAGACAUGCAUUUCACAAUGACUAUCCUCCAAGUGCCUUUGAAGAUAUCUCUCACGAUGUCAUAUCCACCACGGCAGGGCUUCCUUUAGCUCUUGAAGUUAUAGGUUCAUACUUGUAUAUGAAAUCCAAUAUGAUAUUAUGGAAAGAUGUGUUGAAGAUAUUGACAAAAGAACCCCACUGA